AGCACGCCAUCUCCGGCCAAAAGUACGGUACCGAAGUAACUAUUUCUAGUAGAAGCUCAAGGGAAAGAGAGCCAGGCUGGAUGAGUCUUCAUAGCUGAUUACAGUAUCUGCCUGAACGCAUAUGUGCUCCACUUGUGCACAUCCCAGACACGUUGUCUCGUGCCGGGCAUCCGAGAACAUCCGGCUGAAAGGUGUAUCACAGCCAUACCACCACUGCCGAUCGAUGGACGAAGUCUGUUGGAAAACUUUGGCAUCUUAAUGUCCCACGGAUAUCAAAGUUUUCUAUUGAUUGAUCCCAUCAGCAUAAAAUAAGAGCCUUGAGGGGGAAUGUCCAGCACGAUCCCAUUUCUUUCGAAAUGAUCAACAGAGAAUGGCCGGACAGAUUUGACAUGAUUGACCACCAUACUGGUCCCCGGUCAACUCCGGAUACGGAUAAAAACUGGAACUUCGUUGUCACGCGGUCCCCGGCAUUUGGUGUCCGUGUAGAUUACUCACCUUCUAGCACAAACUUCUAGCAGACCACUAGAACGCAUGACAACAGGUUCUCGCCUACCCCGUCGAGCUGGUGACCCCGGAUUUAUCGGAUGAUAAAUCAGUAGCGGAGUUCCGCAAUCAUGGAGAAGAUGGUCCAAGCUGCUGAUCGCCGCUGUAUAAGAGUUGACUGAGACAAAUGGCAAUGAAGGACGUGUCUUUUCUGAGUUCUCACUCUCUCAAGCACUAGGCCCACACUUUUUCUCCUUUUAAUCAUGGCUGAAGUUCAGCAACUGGUGCCAAGACAGAAGUCUUUUGCCGAGAGAUUUCAUCUCAGCACAACUGUCUACUAUGAUCAAUUUGAUCCUCGCAAUGGCACCGACAAGUCGAGGGCUAGUCUAGCAAAUCUAGACUACUCUCCUCUCAGACGAAUCACUUUCCCCAGCUUUGUGAUGGGCGUGUUGGUGUCUAUGGGCGGUUUCCUGUAUCUUGCUCCUACCUUCUCCUUCUGAGUCCAGACUACCUAACAUUGUCUAGGUUUGGCUUUGACACCGGCCAAAUCUCUGGUUUUCUCGCCAUGCCUGAUUUCUUGGAACGUUUUGGCCAGCGGCAUAGAAACGGAGAGUACUAUUUCAGCAAUGUUCGUUCUGGCCUCAUCGUUGCGAUGCUAUCUAUUGGAACUCUUAUUGGAGCUUUGAUCGCUGCACCCAUUGCUGACUAUGCUGGCCGUCGACCUUCUUUAUCUUUUUGGACCAUCAUCAUUGCAGUCGGACUCAUUGUUCAGAUCAGCUCGGAUCACCAUUGGUAUCAAGUUAUGAUGGGUCGUUGGGUAGCGGGCCUUGGAGUUGGUGCGCUGAGCAUGCUUGUACCCAUGUAUCAGGCUGAGGCUGGACCAAAGCAUAUUCGUGGAGCCCUCAUUAGCACUUAUCAACUGUUCAUUACAAUUGGAAUUUUUUUCGCCGCAUGUGUAAACUACGGUACAUACGAGCACCAGCGCGACAACUCUGGAUCGUGGAGAAUCUCACUUGGACUGGGCUUCAUCUUUUGCGCCAUACUCGGCAUUGGAAUACUCUUUCUCCCAGAGACUCCUCGCUUUGUAUACCGGAGAGGUGACAAAGAGGGGGCUAAAGCAACAAUGAUGCGUGUCUAUGGAGCUCCGGCGAACCACUAUGUUAUUGCUGUUGAACUCGAGGAGAUUGAGGUCAAGCUUCAAGAAGAAUCAGCUCAGGGCAGUGCUCUUGCUGAAUGGGCAUUGAUGCUUCGCACUCCCAUGAUGCCAUAUCGUAUCCUUCUGGGCGUAGUUCUGCAAAUGUUUCAACAGCUCACAGGAGCCAACUAUUUUUUCUACUACGGAACCGUGAUAUUCAAGGCAACGGGUAUCAACAAUUCCUUUGUUACUCAAAUGAUUCUUAACGGCAUAAACUUCGGCGUGACGCCUCUCGGUAUCUACUUUGUCGAGGCCUUUGGCCGUCGAAUCUGUCUGAUCAUCGGAUCUGCUUGGAUGUUCGUCAUGUUCUUAUGCUUCGCCUCGGCCGGUCAUUUCUCGCUCGAUCGACAAAAUCCACAGAGCACCCAAGGAACUGGAACUGGUAUGAUCGUGCUUGCAGCGCUGUUCAUUCUCGGGUUUGCGACAACUUGGGGUCCAAUGGUCUGGACGAUAGCGGCCGAGCUUUAUCCUAGUCGGUUCCGUGCAAAAGGGUUGGCACUAUCCACAGCAUCCAACUGGUUAUGGAACUUCUUACUGGCAUUUUUUACACCUUUCAUUACAAGCAGUAUUGACUUCCGCUACGGAUAUGUGUUCGCCGCGUGCAACUUCCUUGGAGGUCUUAUUGUCUACUUCUUUGUUAAUGAAGGACAAGGACGAACACUUGAAGAGAUAGACACAAUGUAUCUCUCUAAGGUUCUUCCCUGGAAAUCCAGAAAAUGGAUCGCUCCUCCGCCUCACGAAAUGGCCAGAAUCAGAAGAGAGGCAGGCACUCAUCAGACCGAUGAAGAGAUUGGCGAGAAGAAAGAAAGCGAGGAGAUUGAACGCAACGAAGCUACACCCGAGAGCCACGCUAACAAGAAUUCUGCAGAUAAUAGCAACGCAGAAGCUGGCCCGGCUGUGCAAAAGGAAUUCAAGCCUUGAGGAAUAUAUCGAAGAAGCUCGCUAAAUUCCCUCAGAUUAAAAUAUUGAUACUUGGAAAUUGCAGACAUGGUUUAAAAUUAUCUAAUUAUAAUAGCAAUAAUAGGGCUCUAAAACUCUUUACUACCAGAUUAAUGACUAAAGUUACGAUUUCUUUGUUAAGUAAGUUAACUUAAUCUAAGUUGCUUGGUCACUUUCUUCGUUCGAGCGACCUUUUUCGGAGCUGGAGGAAGAAAAUAUUGAUCCUUGAUAAAGUACAGCCUUUAUAGAGUCAAUGGAAAUCUGCCAAUGGUCUCGCAAUGUGUCAAGUAUAUCAUUUAUAGCCUGGUAGUCUUACUGCAAACGGUAUAUCACAGUUGCAGGCAGAAGAAAUCUUAUGC